AUGUAUCGCAACGGGUCUGACGUCGCCAGUGCUAGCCUCGACAUUCGUCGUGGUCGCGAGGUCCUCCCCAAGAACGUCAAGCCGCUGCAUUACGAUCUGACCCUCGAGCCCAACUUUGAGACCUUCAAGUAUGAGGGUACCGUUGUUAUCGAUUUCGACGUUGUCGAAGACUCUAACUCUAUUGCUCUCAACACUGUAGAGCUCGACAUUCAUGAGACCAUCGUCGAAGCCAACGGCGCCACUGUCACGUCCUCCCCCACCCUCGACUACAACAAGGAUACCCAGACCACGACCAUAACCUUCGACCAGACGAUUCCCGCAGGACAGAAGGCGAGGUUGACUCAACGCUUCACCGGUACUCUCAACGAUGAUAUGGCUGGCUUCUACCGUUCCUCAUACAAGGAUGAGCAGGGAAAUACCAAGUACAUUGCCACAACUCAGAUGGAGGCCACUGAUGCGCGACGUGCAUUCCCUUGUCUUGAUGAGCCGGCUCUCAAGGCUACUUUCACCGUCACCCUGAUCGCUGACCACGACUUGGUUUGCUUGGGUAACAUGGAUGUUGCUUCCGAGAAAGAGGUCGAUUCUGCGAUUACGGGCAAGAAGCGCAAGGCCAUCACCUACAACAAGACUCCCAUCAUGUCUACCUACCUCCUGGCUUUCGUCAUUGGCGACCUCAAGUACUACGAGACCAACAACUUCCGAGUCCCGAUCCGAGUUUGGUGCACGCCUGAUCAGAAUGUCGAUCAUGCUGUCUUCUCUGCUGAGCUUGCUGCGCGGACACUCGAGUUUUACGAGAAGCAGUUUGGCAGCGAAUAUCCCCUCCCCAAGAUGGACAUGGUGGCUGUUCCUGAUUUCGCCGCCGGUGCCAUGGAGAACUGGGGCCUCAUCACUUACAGAGUUGUCGAUCUUCUUUUGGACGAAAAGACCAGCAGCGCCACGACCAAGAAGCGUGUGGCCGAAGUUGUGCAGCACGAGCUGGCCCAUCAGUGGUUCGGCAACCUGGUUACCAUGGACUUCUGGGAUGGUCUGUGGCUAAAGGAGGGUUUCGCAACAUGGAUGUCAUGGUACUCUUCCAAUGCCUUCUACCCCGAGUGGAGAAUCUGGGAGGGCUACGUUAUCGAGGACCUGCGCUCUGCCCUUGGUCUUGACUCGCUGCGCAGCUCGCAUCCCAUCGAGGUGCCUGUCAAGCGCGCAGACGAGAUCAACCAAAUCUUUGAUGCCAUUUCGUACGAGAAGGGUUCUUGCGUCCUGCGCAUGAUUUCCAAGUACCUCGGUGAGGACGUCUUCCUUGAGGGUGUCCGACGCUAUCUGAACAAGCACGCCUACGGAAACACAGAGACUACUGAUCUCUGGGCUGCCCUCAGCGAAGCCAGCGGCAAGGAUGUCGAGCGUGUGGCCGAUAUCUGGACCAAGAAGGUUGGCUUCCCCGUCGUUGCGGUCACCGAAGACGAGUCCAAUGGCACCAUCCACGUCAAACAGAAUCGUUUCCUUAGAACGGCCGAUGUUAAGCCAGAGGAGGAUGAGGUUCUGUACCCCGUGUUCCUCAACCUCCUGACCAAGGAAGGCCUCCAAGAAGAUCUUGCACUCAACACGAGAGAGGCCGACUUCAAGGUGCCCGACUUUGACUUUUACAAGGUCAACUCGGCUCAUUCCGGUAUCUACCGCACAUCUUACACAACUAGUCGGCUUCAGAAGCUUGGCCAGAACGCCAAGGCAGGCCUUUUGGGUGUUGAGGACAGAGCCGGCAUGAUUGCCGAUGCUGGUGCCCUUGCUGCCGCUGGCUACCAAAAGACAUCCGGCUUGUUGGCUCUCCUCCAAGGCUUUGACUCUGAGAAUGAGUUCAUUGUCUGGGAUGAGAUUACACUUCGCAUCGGCUCCCUCCGAGACGCCUGGAUCUUUGAGGAUGAAGAGGUCACUAAGGCCCUCAAGGCUUUCCAGAGAGAUCUGGUCAGCAAGAAGGCCAACGAGGUUGGUUGGGACAUCACCGAUGCUGACGACCACAUGACCCAGCGCUUGAAGGGUCUCAUGUUUGGAAAGGCGGCCAUGGUGGAAGACGAGCCCACCAAGAAGGCAGCCUUUGAGCUGUUUGACAAGUUCAUCAAGGGAGACCGGGAUGCUCUCCAGCCUAACCUGCGGCCCAGCGUCUUUGCAGUUGUGCUGUCUUACGGUGGUGAGGCUGAGUACAAUGCCGUGGUCAAGGAGUACGAGACGGCCAAGCAGAGCAGCGAGCGAAACACAGCACUUCGGUCCCUCGGUUUCGCCCAGGACCCUGCUCUAAUCAAGCGUACACUGGAGUAUACGCUCAGCGAUCAGGUCAAGACCCAGGACCUGUACAUGCCUCUCAGCGCCCUCCGCGCACACAAGGAGGGUGUCAUCGCGCUCUGGUCGUGGGUCAAGGAGAACUGGGAGGUCAUCACUAAGCGUCUACCGCCUGGCAUGUCGCUCCUGGGCGAUCUCGUAUCCAUCUCCACAAGCUCCUUUACUCAGGAAAAGCAGACUGCUGAUGUGAAGAGUUUCUUUGAGGAGAAGGGCACCAAGGGUUUUGACCUUGAGCUGGCGCAGAGCCUAGACGCCAUCAAGGCCAAGCAAAACUGGCUUGCACGGGAUAGAGAAGAUGUCAAGGAGUGGCUCCGUGAGAACAAGUACCUGUAA